CAUCAGAUAGCCAGCGGACAGUAGGGGCUAGCUUGGAUGAGACGGGGCAAAAGUUGUCUUAACAAGAUUUUAGAGUGAAGCAAAGAGUCAGUAUCUCUUUUAGUAUCAAGGGACAAGAGCUGAUUAGGGGGAAUUUGUGAGGAUGAAACCAAAGAGGAUAGGUGGGAGGGUGAGUGUAAACAUAGGUCAGGUGUGCAGUGACAUGAUGGUGGUCGCACAUUUUAAGGUUUUCACAUUUUAAGAAGUCUUCUGAACAGGUCACACACUGAGUUCCAUAUUGUUUUACACGAUUGAAUGAGCUGGUAUUUCGGAAGUUUCAUUUGUUCUUGUUUUGCCUCCAGUGCCUUGCAUGCAGGGGUGCUGUGGUUGAAGUGCUUGACAAGCAGCUCAGCUGCAAUGAUAACCCGAUGCACAAAUGCAUUAAAACCAUCAUUAACCAGCUGCAGUGUAUGCACAAAAUGGGCAACUGUUUCCCAUUUCAUCCAUCCGGGAAAGUCUGCUGCCAUGAUGUUGCGUGCGUUAUCGUGAACAUAUGCAGACACUUUUCCAACCUGAUGGUGCUGAAAGAGGAGUGCCAAGAUCUGAAUAAUAUGAAGGAGAAAUAUCAGUAUGAGAAACAUCAUGAUUUCAUGACUGGAGAAAUGGAAAAGACUUACUCACAAAAAACAGCUCAGGAGAUUAAUCGUAACAGUUAUUUCACUUGCCAUCAGUGUGGAAAAAGUUUCAAUCAAAAACGAAACCUGGAAAUCCAUAUGAGAGUUCACACUGGAGAGAAGCCUUUCACAUGUCAACAGUGUGGAAAGAGUUUCACUCAAACACAAAGCCUUAAUGUCCACAUGAGAAUUCACACUGGAGAGAGCCGUUUCGCCUGUCAACAGUGUGGAAAGAGGUUCACUCAAAAACAAAAUCUUAAUGCCCACAUGAGAAUUCACACUGGAGAGAGCCGUUUCGCCUGUCAACAGUGUGGAAAGAGGUUCACUCAAAAACAAAACCUUAAUGCCCACAUGAGAAUUCACACUGGAGAAAAACCUUACACUUGCUCUCAUUGUGGACAGAGUUUUGCACAUAAAAACACCCUUAAUUCCCACACGAGAAUUCACACUGGAGAAAAGCUGUUCAUAUGUGAUCAGUGUGGAAAGAGCUUCACAACAGUAGUAAAUCUUAGGUAUCACAUGAACAUUCAUGCUGGAGAGAAACCAUUCACUGGAGGGAAACCUUUCACGUGUGAUCAGUGUGGAAAGAGUUUCUCACGUAAAGUAACCCUUAAUUCCCACAUGAGGAUUCACUCAGGAGAGAGCAGUUUUAUAUGUCAUCAGUGUGGAAAGAGUUUCAGUCAUAAAAGUAGCCUCAACACUCACACGAGACUUCACACUGGAGAGAAGCCUUUCAUCUGUAAACUGUGUGGCAAGAGUUUCUCACAAAAAGGAAAUCUUAAGGCUCACAUAAUUACUUGCACAGGAAAGAAGCGUUGUAAUGCUUCACAACUAAAGUAACCCUUAAUUUCCAUAAAAGGAUUCACUCAAAGAGGAAUGGUUUUAUAUUCAACUUCACGGUAUCCCACCCUCCAGGGUCCAAGAACACUAUCAUCAAGAUUACACUGACACUCCCAGCUCUAUGUUGCUCACACUUAAGCCCAAAGUAUACUCCACUUUUUACAUGUAUGCGAGGGUCAGCGCACAGUGCGUGUGACGUGAAUUUCAUCAUCAGAAGAGUAUGCGCACUGCCAGAUUUUUGUAUCCACGCUUACUUUGUAUGCGCAGGUUGCACAUGCGCAUGUAAUUUUUUUUGCAGUAAUUAGUUUAUCCACAAGGUGGCAACCAUGUCCUGGGGCCGAUGAUUCACAAGGUAGUCGAACUAAAACUGCAUAAACAGAACAGACCGGAAUGCAUACAGCUGCUACAGCGACCAAGGAGGCCUACAUAGACGAGAAAUUAGAUACGUCUCAUUUCGGAGGCUGCGUCCUCCAGAGGUCUCACUUGAAGUCUGCAAACAUCAUCAAGGAUGUCUUAUUUAAGAAAAGUAACUAAUAAAAUUGACUGUUAUUCCUUGUGAUGUGUAAAGUACUGUCAUUUCUUUUUUACUUUCUAACGGUUACUUUUAAAUAAGACAGCCUCUGACUCAUUUGAAAGUACCCUCAUUUGUACAACUCAAGCAUGAAAGAAUACAAAGAUGUUGACGUGGGUUGUAACUCGUGGCGAGAGAUUGCUCAAAACGUACGAGUCAAAUGAUUGCAAGGCUGUGCAUUCGACUGUGCAUAUGCGAGCGUACGCAUA